AUAAGGAUGCUCACGCGUUGGGUUCCCUUUGACUAGCAGCUGCUGUAUCCAGGAGAAACAGAAAAGAGACAAAGUCACCGGACUGCCUUUUUUUUUUCUAUUGUGAGAUCAGCUAGUGAGACCACAGAGCAUGUUCUCCCAGCAGUUCAGAGACCCUGAUAGCAUUGAGCUGCUGUUACUCCAUCCCAGUCUGCCCAAAGCAGAGCAUCACUAAGUUCUCCUUGUGACAGCAGCAGGCACAUGUCCCUGAGAGCAGGUACCAGCUUUACACAAGGCACUGGGGAUUUACAGGAUUCUUCAUUUGGCUCCACAAAAAGAGAAUUAAAGGUAUUAAAGGCUGGGUCCCUGGAUAUUUAUUUUGAGUAAUCCUCCAACAACAACAAAAAUCUUGUGUGGAAUAAUACUGGAUUUUCUAAGACAGUUUUUGGGAGCUGAUCAGUUCACAAGUUGCUAAAGAGAGAAAAAUGAAGAUGGGCAGACAAGAAAUGUGCCACUAUCUUCAGCUUAUAGCUCUGUUCUUUUGUCUUUCUGGAAUAAGCCAAGCUGAGCUUUCAAUGUCUACUUCGAAGCCUUACAUUCAGUCUGGGAGAUCAAGAACUAAGCGGAGCUGGGUUUGGAACCAGUUCUUUGUGCUGGAGGAAUAUACAGGCUCAGAUUCUCUGUAUGUCGGUAAACUUCACUCAGAUGUGGACACAGGAGAAAAUGGCAUCAAAUAUGUCUUGACGGGUGAGGGGGCAGGUACCAUUUUCAAUAUUGAUGAAUUUACUGGGGAUAUACAUGCAUCCAAGAGGUUGGACCGGGAGGAACAAGCCUACUACACUCUUCGUGCACAAGCUAUAGACAGACUAACAAAUAAACCAGUGGAGCCUGAAUCUGAGUUUGUCAUUAAAGUGCAAGAUAUAAAUGACAAUGAGCCAAAAUUCCUGGAUGGACCUUACAUUGCUGGCAUUCCUGAAAUGUCCCCUGUUGGAACAUCAGUCCUGCAAGUAACAGCAACAGAUGCUGAUGAUCCCACUUAUGGAAAUAGUGCUCGAGUUAUCUAUAGCAUUCUUCAAGGUCAACCGUACUUUUCCGUGGAGCCAAAGACAGGGGUUAUCCGAACAGCUUUACCUAACAUGGACAGAGAAGCUAAAGAUCAGUAUCUUCUUGUAAUACAGGCAAAAGAUAUGGUUGGCUUAAUGGGAGGACUAUCCGGUACAACGUCUGUCACAGUCACCCUUACAGAUGUCAAUGACAAUCCACCAAGAUUUCCCAAGAAGUCUGAUCAGUAUUAUGUUCCUGAAUCAUUGCCUGUUGGCUCAACAGUAGCCAAAAUAAAAGCAGCAGAUGAUGAUGUGGGACUAAAUGCUGAAAUGGAAUAUAAGAUUGUUGAUGGUGAUGGCCAAAGUGUCUUCAAAAUAUCUGUGGAUAAAGACACCCAAGAAGGAAUUGUUUCAAUUCAGAAAGGACUGGAUUACGAAACAAAGAUCAUCUAUACACUGAGGAUAGAAGCAGCAAACAAACACGUUGACAAUCGAUUUCUUAGUGUGGGUCCAUUCAUGGAUACAACAACAGUGAAAAUUACUGUGGAAGAUGUGGAUGAACCGCCUGUAUUUUCUCAAGCCUUUUAUACAAUGGUGGAGUCUGAAUCAGCAAAGAUAGGCAGCAGUAUUGGAUCUGUGAUGGCACAUGACCCAGAUUCAACAAACAGCCCUGUGAGGUAUUCAAUUGAUCGUAAUACAGAUUUGGAGAGAUAUUUCAACAUUGAUGCCAACAGUGGAGUUAUUACAAUAGCAAAACCUUUGGACAGAGAGACCAAUGCUGUUCAUAACAUCACUGUACUAGCAAUCGAGAGCCAAAACCCAGCACAAAUUGGAAAAGGCUAUGUUUCUAUUAGCAUACUAGAUAUUAAUGACAAUGCUCCUGAAUUUGCCAUGGAAUAUGAGACGAAUGUUUGUGAAAAUGCUUCUCCAGGACAAGUUAUACAGGAGAUAAGUGCAGUUGAUAAAGAUGAACCAUCAAAUGGCCAUGUGUUUUACUUCACUUUACCUCCUGAUGCAAGUAAUAUUAAUUUUACAUUACAAGACAAUAAAGAUAAUACAGCUUCAGUUAUAACAAAGAGAAAUGGAUUUCGGAGGCAAGAACAGUCUGUAUUUUAUUUACCAGUUGUUAUCGUGGAUAGUGGAUCUCCAUCACUUAGCAGCACCAAUACACUUACUAUACGAGUCUGUGACUGUGAUGUGGAUGGAAUAGCACAAACCUGUAAUGCUGAAGCUUAUACUUUACCUGCUGGAUUGAGUACUGGAGCUCUGAUUGCAAUAUUAGCUUGUGUUCUGACACUCUUAGUGCUUGUUCUUCUUAUCGUCACUAUGAGAAGACGUAAAAAGGAACCAUUGAUCUUUGAUGAAGAAAGAGAUGUAAGAGAGAACAUUGUUAGAUAUGAUGAUGAAGGAGGCGGUGAAGAAGAUACUGAGGCAUUCGACAUGACUACUUUGAGGAAUCUUAAUAUCAUCCGAGACAACAAAAGCAGGAGGGAUGUGACUCCAGAGAUUCAAUUCUUAAGCCGGCCAUCUACCCGGAGUGUUCCAGACAACUUAAUAUUUAGGGAAUUUAUAUGGGAAAGACUUAAGGAAGCUGAUGUGGACCCUUGUGCUCCUCCAUAUGACUCCCUACAGACAUAUGCAUUUGAAGGCAAUGGGUCAGUUGCAGAAUCUCUAAGUUCGCUGGAGUCAGUAAGUUCUAACUCUGAACAUAAUUAUGACUACCUUAGCGAAUGGGGUCCUCGUUUUAAAAGACUUGCUGACAUGUACGGCACUGUUGAAGACAGACUUUAUUCUUAGCACUUGAAUAUAUAUGCCCAAUGCACUGAAAAGACUCUAACGUUAUAGAAUUUUGAUUUUGUGGAAGUUUUUAUUUCUCCUGCCCAAGAGACUGCACUGACCAGAAACUGAAGAGUUAAAAAGUUGUUAAGUAAAACAGUUUGUUGAUUGACCAGUAUCUGUAUGAUAAUGCUGUCUCUGCAGCAAAGCAUAUAAGGGGAUAUUCUGAUAGCUAAGUUUUGUGAAUUAUGUGCUAAUACAGUAAGAUGAAAUGUAAUUACUAGGUCUGUGUGCACACAGAUAUUAAGAUCUGUGCUCCCUGUUUGGCUUAACCAUGGUUCUUCAGACAUUCAAUGGAACUUACUUCAGUUCAGGCUGUCACGAAAGUGUUGGGCACCACAUAAGGUUCACCAUUUACAGGGAGCAGCACUGUAAAGGUUGACCAUGGUCACAAAAUUACUACUAUAUAAUUUAUGAAAACUGCAAGUCUUUGUCCAACAUUGCCUCUGUGAUUAUGUAAAUGACCUGUAUGGUCUAUGGUGAAUAAUCUUUAUAAUUUAUUUUAUCUGGUAAAAUACAGUGGAUAACGCUAAACAGCUGUAGGUAUUACAACAUCUUAGCAGAUGUGAAGCACAUGGAUAAAUAGCCAGGCUUGUUUCUCUUUGGCUUCUGCUAAUGCUCCUCACUAUAGAAUCAGUGAACCCAAGGCUGUUAUUUUAGUUGUGGAUAGCUGCAUACAGGUUGAAUUGCUCUCUUAUGCAUAAGGUUUCAAGCUGAAAAGGCAUUAUAAGAUGGGUCCUAUACUUCUUAGUGAAUUCCUUAUCUAUUGUGCAGCGAUGAAACAGCUUAUAUGACAUAUCUGGAACUUUUGCAGAGAGGUGUUACAUGUGAUAUGGUAAUUAAGCCUAUGGGAGCCCAUAAAAACGGAAAUUGACUAAAUAGACAGAUUAUAUACAGUAUAUAAGCUGAUAGCUCAGUGUUUUAUGCAUAUCUGUAUAUCAAUUAUAAAGAUUAAAACCCAAUCUACAAGAAAAAACAAUGGACCAAUAUCAUAUACACUCACAAUAUCAAGCAAGUUUAAAGAUAUGGCCAUGUAUGGUGAACAUCAAACCUUACCCUAAACAAUUUAGAUUAUAGAAUGCAGUUAAAGUAGAUAUUUCACUAAUUGAGGCACAGAAUGACUCAUCAGUGCUGGUGCAGCACUAAAUUCUGCUAAUGGGUGUAUCAAAACUGGAGGUUAGGAAACAAUGUUCCAGAGUAGGCACUCUAAUUAAGGAUCCAUUACAGAAGGGCAUUCUUUCAGUUUGUAAUCCACAAGGUUAGACUACAAAUGUUGAGCUGCAGUAAGACAGAGGGACAUUUUAAGGGUCCUUUAAAUCACAAGCUUUAUUCCCUUAAGCUAUAUCAUAUUUUUAAAUAUGCCACUAUAAAUCGUUUGUAAUAAAAUGCUAUACAAGUGGGCAUAUUCUGGUUUAUUUAAUAAGAGCAAUGUGCAUAGUGCUGUAACGUGUAGCAACCAAUAGGCAUUCAUUGUUCAUUGAUGUGAUUAGGCUAAAUUGAUUGAUUUGAAAUUUGAUCAUUGCAUGUUACUGCACUUUGCAUGUCAUUGUUUUUAAUAGCCUCUUAUUAAAUACACUUAACUAGCUUCCAGAUUUUAUAGCGGUAAUAUUAAUUUCCCAUUUGAUCUGAAAGUUACAUUUCUUGGAUAUGUAAUUGAUAGCAUUUACAGGCUUAUUUUAAUAAUUUAUUUGAUUUUCUGAUUGUAAAACAUAAAAACAAUCUGUACACAUGUCUAUGUUGCAUUUUGGAGCAGGAAAAUAUUAGAUACCUCUGUAGAUCUAUCAAUUACAUUGGCAGUUCACCUGCUAAUGGUGGCUGUUUUUCCUUGUACUUUUUUUUCCUGAUAAGACUAUUACAAUAUACAAGGAGCAUUGUGUAUGAUUUAAUUAUUUAUUUUAAACAUGUGUAAUUAAUUUGUAAUUGGUUAUAAACAAUGUUAUUAAUUAAAGGAUACAUUCACCUUUAGACCCGGUUCACACGACUUUGGUGGCGACUCGGCAAGGCGAUCUCAAG